AUGACUUCCUUCGCGAAGGCCUGCGUUGAUCUGUCCAAUAACUUAAAACAUCUGCGCUUCUCCAACAAAAUCUCCGUCCCCCACCAGGAGAUUAUGCAGCAUUCUUCCGCAACUGUGGCCAUGUCCGGUCCUCUUUCUGUUGUCUUUGCAAGUUUCUCCGAACACGACCUAGGUGCCGCAGCCGCCCUUGGCGCCGUGAAGGAACUAGAGUAUGAGAACGAGGAAGAGUUUGACUCCCUUUAUCGAGAGGCUGCCGAUGUCCACUCUGGAGCCUACACCAAUCACACCUUCGCUUCGGAUCCCCUCCUUUCUAUGAAUAGAUCACGUUCAACUCGCAGCAAGAAGACGCCCAAAACACGCACUGACUCCAAGGAAAUCCCCAGUGGCACCAGGAGACAGCAGCAGCCGGUGGAGUCUCCAGUUAGAGGGCCUGCAAUCUCAGAGCCAACUCUUACGAGGCCAGUGGCAAAGAUUCCAGCCCAAGAACAACAGCCCCCAGUUCCCCAGAAAUCUAAUCUGGAGGAAGCUCGGGAAGAAAGUAAUCCCCUGUCUAACGGAAAGAAGUCAAUUCACAUCUCCCUGCGCAUGUCGGAGUUACGCAGUCGAUACAUGAACUCCUGCCGACAGGGCACUGCCGCUGAGCGGAGUCGUAGUGCCUCCUUCGGCCAGGCGAGCUCAGCAGAUUCGCCGCUGAUCCGUCGGCGGGGAACCUCAGUGGCUGCCAUCAAACAGCGUCUCUUCAGCCAGGGCAUGAAAAUUGACCCAGUUCCAUCCGAAACCAGCCGCCCGAGAAGCACUCGGUACCGCGACUUCAUGAGACGCCGGCGUCGCACAAAUUGCGCCUGGUCCCUCGCAUCUCUCUGGCAGCACGAAAAGACUCUUAAGUGUCUAUUCGUCUACCUUCGGGGACGAGACCUGUUGAACUGUUCCCUCGUCUGUCGCCGCUGGUUGGCUACCCUCGUCUCCUGUGGCUACUUGGGCCGUUUAGGCAUACGUCUAGAUUUGCAAGAAAUGUGUCGUGACCUAACAGUUGAAAGUCUUCCCGCAUCGGCUGCUCUGGAAGCCCGUCUGGAGGACCGUCUGAAGGCACUCUACCGUCGUCAUCUCACACAAAUUAGACUGAUACUCGCCAAGGAUGAUCAUAUGGUGUGUUUUAUGAAUGCCUUUGCCGCCACCUUCCGGGAAUUCUUUCCCGAGUGCUUCGGUAGUUCCAUCUUCUCCAGCGGCACACAUCCUAUCUUCUCUCAGGAAUCCAGCCGUCUUCGUCUUCUGGAGGGUAGUUUUACUUCGUCAGUGGUCAGCGCAACAGUCGGCACCGCAGCCUUCCAAUCCGCGCCUGAGUUGGUUCCCGCCUGCAAACCCAGCGUCACCACUGACACCACCUUGAGUCUUGAAGUCUCCACGAACAACAUCCAAGUGAACUGCCAUUUCUGUCCCACGAAGACGGCCGCCGAGCCUGCAGGAAGUCCGAGCGAUAGUUUAAACUCCUCCGACAUCAGCUGCGACAGUGUAUUCGAUGCUGCUGCUGCUGCCGGCAGUCUGAGCUCUUUUGGCGCCCCCCGGCUGGGCAGGGUACAGAGAGCAGCCCUCAGAUUUGGUGGGGGUCUCACCUUUGAAAAUCGAUUUUCCACCACUCACUGGCCAGCAGGUGCAGCUGGCCCUCCCCUUUCAGCAAGUGCGCCUAGCCAAUUGCCUCAGAGUCGCACUCGACAUGUGGUGGAGCUCAUUCUGGACAAUUGCUGCCUAACAGACAGGAGCUUGAAGCAACUGAGCCUUGUGGUGCAUACGGUAACUCACUUGAGCCUCAUCAGUUGCAACGACCUUACGGAGAUGGCCCUCUGGUCUUGUCUUCGUCCCUGGAUCACAAACUUCAGCGUCUACGAUUGUAUUAAUUUUUCUGACGAGAGUCUUAGUGCGGUUCUUCAGUUACUGCCUAGCCUACAAGAGCUCAGUAUUCAGGCUUAUCACGUGAGUGACUUGGGACUGACGUACUUCACGAACCUUCAGCGGCAGAAUUUGCGCAGGCUAAAGCUAGAGCACUGUUUGGAAUUAACCAAUCAUGGGAUGCUCAAUCUGGUAAGCGCGUUGCCGCAUCUGCAACAUCUUAGUUUGGCCGGCUGUUCUAAACUCUCUGAUGAUGCUGUGGAUACUCUCUGUGAGGGCAUGAGGCAGCUACGGAGUCUGGACCUCUCCUACAUCUCAAAACUCACCGACUCGGGCUUGGAGUGCGUUGCCUGUGAUUUGCUCAACCUCGAGACCCUCAUUCUUGAUAGGUUAGUUCCGCCCUUAAAUAUCUGAGAUGCCUGGUGCAUCCUCAAGCAAUCUUCUAGUUUGCUGUGUUUGUUUGGGUCGCUUCGGGGAGCUUGUCUCUCCAGUACGCUUGAACUAUGCGCACAUUGCAUUUAGACAGACGGUAUAUCAUCAUUUGAAUUAUUCUCUUCAUUAUGACAACCUCAAUGGCAGGGCUAUUGAUACUCAGGCUGUCAUGCUCAUAGCAUGCGCUGGACCUCGCGACGCAUACAAUUCAUUUCCUGACUAUGCUAUCCAUCUGAAAUUAUUUCACAGGACAGUCGACAAUCCGAGAAAUAGACCUAAACAUACCCAAAAAUCACAUAAUAUUACAUAUAAAUUGAGAGGUUGUCUUUCCCAGGAUGACCUCCUCACUGCUGAUCUGAUCCUGAGAACUCGACUGCCUAUAGUUUCUGGCCUAUCUCAUGAAAUGCUAGUCAAAAUUAUGGACAUUUCUCGAUCAGAAAGGAUUAUUUGGUUUGCGUUAUAAUAUUACUUCUCAUGCAACAUAAUCCCAAAAUAUUUCAGUCACACACUUAUGCCCGUUUUAAAGGUCUUUUUUGACUGCCUGUAAAAAUUCGCACGCACUGAAAUUGUCUACUUAGGUCUUGGGAAUUGUUUCGAGUAACGUUUGAUAGCCUUUUUGGCAAGAGUAUGGUUUAUGGCUAAAUUUACUCACAUCAGGGAGCAUUUGUGUUGCGCAAAGGAGCUAUGCAUCUAAGAACUUCGUGGUAUCACAAAUUUCGGUCUUCAACUUUGUCGCCAUUUAAAAAUAUGGCGCUAUUUUUACCACCUAAUUGUAAACGUAGAUGAAUUUAAUGCUCGUUUGCUGACAUUAUCAAAAGGGUACUGCAUUGUCGUAUUUUUCCUCCGAUGGCCACCUUAACGCAUCUUGACCACCCUCACAGGACAGCCACCGCAAGGCCUUUUUAUUUCUUCUUCUGACACAUACAAAUAAAUAUCACCAGUUAUUUUUCUUUAGCACAAUUGCUCCCCGGAGUAAGUAACCCCGAUCAUAAACCAUAUGCUUGCGCCCUUUUUAUUUCAAAUAUAUUUUUCAGAAACCGCGCAAAGAAGUUGUAUUUCCUGUACUCAUUUGAUAGUCAACCACAUCUUCCUGAAAGUUUUUACUCGAAAAAGGGGAUAUUUAGGUUUCUAAAAAGUUCUUUUAGUUCCACUAAGUUUGAAUACAAUCCGCUGUUGCCUUUGCAUCUAGGGUGUACGAUCAGCAAAUCGUAUGCUCUCUGUAUAACAAAAAAUCUUACACCUUUUAAUGCCACUAAGAAGAUCAUGUGUAGAGCUUAUUGAACUUUGAAAUUGAUGUCGACUAUUUUAUAUUCUUCAUAAUUAUCACCCCUAGACGGACGGAUGUUAUGUUAUUUGAUUUUCAUAAUUAAAAACCCUCCUUAAGCCAAGAAGUGCCCUUUUCGUGCACGAAAUUUGAAGAACACGUAAUCGGCUACUAUUUGAGUGCAGGAAAUUUAUUUCUGUGCAUGAUUUCCAUAAAAUAUAUUCAAAUUUAUGAGAUCAUCGAAAAUCAAUUGGCGAACGCCCAUACUACUUAAGCGGUCGCCGAUCGCAGGGACAAAAUAGUUUUGCAAAUUAACUAUACGGAAUAUUCACCCAUGCUUUCAGUCUCUCCAAUAGAUUUAUGUGAAAUAUAUUGCAGUCAAGUCUCAAAGAACAGUUGAAAAACUGCAACACUGUGUGGGGGACGUUGAUAGAUUGUUCUUACAUAUACAGUUGUGGACGCAAUAUAUAACAACAGAUUAAAACAACCGACUGCUUUAUACGACAACAUCAUGGAAUACAUCUCAGACGUAAAAGAGUACACAGGCGUGGUCUGAGCACAGAAAAGUCCGCAGGCUACCAUGAAGGUGCGGCAUUCAACAAGCGAUUGCGCUGGUUGCACAGUCAAUGGUCUCCUUCUCCAUAGUACUGGGCCUUCCAAGCAAAUCGACAGACCGAACAUCUUUGUCUAGAAGGUGACUCAAAACAGCACAUUUGGAGCGAGUUUGGACGGUUUUCAGUGAUUGCCCUAAAAAUGACCUUCUCAGCUUUCUGUGGCCAAAUGGCUUUGCAUGCGUGCCAGGCGUACUUCCAUUCGCAAUAAUGUGUACUGUCACUGAAAGGGACAUAGCGAAUAGUGUCAGCAACUGCACUUCCUUACCGCUUUCGGUCAGGGUAAAAUAUCCUGUCUAGUGAGCAAAUUGUACGUGAGCAUGAUCUAUCUACAUGACUAUGAAACUCCUUCUCGCAGGUCAUGGUGUGUGAAGUAGCCCAUCAUAAUGUCUUAGCGCUUUUCAAUCUUGUCAAUGAAUAUCAAAACCUUUAGCACAGGCAUAGAGAUUCGGCGCACUGAUUCAGAAUGUCCGAAUUUUCUAGUAAUCGGGAAGAAUUUGUUCUUUGGACGACUUGGUUUUAUUUAACUGCAAAUCCUAUAAGCAGUUUUGUUUCCAUCUUAAACUUGCUGAGUGCACACAGAUGUUUGGUUCGUUUACAGUUUAGCCUUCCUGAGCAGCUGUCUAUGGCUUCCAGCUAUAAACACACCUAUAAACAAAGCCACAAUCUGCCAGCUAUACCGCAGGUGACUCGAUGUGUAAAAAUUGGUAAUCCACUUAAGAGUGCGAGUGAUCUGUCGCCCACCCGGACUCUCCUUAGCUGGCGACUACAAAGCACAGUAGCACAUGCAGAACACUGUGCCACUGGAGGUAGAGCUCUGGUGAUGGACGCAGACGCCUCAAUGAUCAAAAGGAUUGUUGAUGCUAUUACUUUUGUCCGUUUAAAGCAUGCGUUACGGCACGGUAGCCCUGUGAAGGAAAUAAACAGCAAAUUGAAGGACAUUGGAUUAUGGAGUAAAAAACUGCCUUUAGAGUAGAGCCGAGAAACAACUAGAAGCUGUCGCAAGUUCGUCAUCACUCCUCAGUUACGGUCGGACUUCAAAUUUACAUAUAAUUUUAAAAAUGCUGCUCUCAUGAAAAUUGUUUUAUAUUUAGUGUAUCAAAAUACCUCCAAGACCCGAGCAUAAUUCAUAGCGUUGACAAUUUCCGUUAGCUUAUUAUGAUUUCGUCACUUCCAUCAUGCUGAUAGAACCCCUCAGAAGUGUAAAUGUAUGUUCAUUAAGUUACUAUUGGUCACAUAUUUUAUUUCUCAUAUCGAUGGAUCGUCUGAUCCUCUAGACUCCUAGAGGCCUCCAGUCUUUCUGAUCUCAACUGUUGGACCUUUGCCAUUUUCCCAAUAAGAAACUUGAAUGAGCACACAAAAGUUGUUACCUAUCGCAAAGAUUUUGUGUAAAAAAUGUUGCAAUCUGCAAUUCUUCACUGCGCUUUACGGGGAGUACUGAGGUAGUAUGGUUACUCUACUUUCUCACUUUAAACUUGGAUACCUUUUGUUUUUCCGGAUGUAAGCAAAGGCUUUUCGAAUAUAUUUUGCAUCGAUUUACGUUUCUGAAGAACGUAUUGAUUUUUAUUCCUUUUGGAAUGCCGCUAUGUUAAAACGUGGUACCAACCAAGACAUCUAAGUUUGAGUUCUUACCCUGCAAUCAGGUCUAAUUCCGAUAUUAUUCUGGAAUAAAAAUAGGGAACACGGUGUUUCCAUAAACGAAAGAUACUAUAGACUUAUUGUCUUGUUCAGUAAUACGGGCUUAAACAAAUGUUCCAUAAUAAAGGUUUUUUUAUCAGCAAAGGUCGAUGAACAGUUUCGAAAUCAGACCUAUCUCGCAAGUCGUGAUCGUUUGACCGACAACCUAAUUUGCAUUGUUUUUAAAUUUGUGCGUUGUUACAGCCUACGCAAUCGAUAGUAAAAGAAUAAACCUGGCGAUCCGUUUCUGGUUGAGAUCCCUUUAAAAUGACAGUUAGGUGGGAAUUUUGUGGCUUCUUUUCUGAUGCUGCCAUUGGACGCACUUCCAUUAUCUGAGUAUUCAGCAAGAAAUAUAAGGCUCGAGUACUUCUUCAAAUGAGUAUAUUGCAAGGAAGUAAAAUUUAGUUUAGCCAAGAUUCCACUAAAUGUUAGGGUUUUCCAUCAUCAGCAAGAUACUACAUUUCUUCGGAAAACACAUUUUAUCACUUAUUAGAGUCCAACGCACUUGGUUUCUGCGAAACCCCGUUGUGGUCAACGGACGUGCUUUUGCAUACAGAAAGGUUUACAAAAAGGGCAUUCAGCGUUUUGUGCUAUUUAAUCCCUAGCUAACAGCGUUCUCAAAAUAGUGGAAGGGAGGUUACCGUACAGACAGACAGGCGGCUUUGGAGACAUAAACAGAAAAUCUUUCCCACACAGCUUAAUGUGGCCGGCCAUCGGAAGUUACAGGGCACCUGCCGAAUUUUUUUAAAAAUCGACCGAAAAUGGAAGGAAAAAUUAAUAGCCGCGGAACGUACUUGUGACCCACUUCCGCCAUGGUGCAACGACACCACACUGGUUAUAUUUAGGACCGACUAAAGCGGCUCGACUCACUACAACAGUGCUUUAUUUUAAUGUAAUAGAGGCUGGAGUAAGUGUUGUUGAUUACGUCGCCGUUUAGACCCUAACUCCAUCGUCAUGCGCUCUGCUGUUAAGUACUAUGCCCAUUAUCUCGUCGAAUUCGAUCAGAAACUGUAAUUAACACGGAAUGAAUGGUCACAGACUUGAAUUUAAUAGGGGACAUGCUAGGUCUUUUGUGCUUUGGGGCUUCAGGCUAGAGCGACGUACAGUGUUGCGUGGGAAACGCCAACAAAAACAGUGAGAUUGACAUCCCUCCUGCAUCCUUAGCUGUCGCCGUGUGACUCCCUGCGACGAUUCCGGAUAGAAAUUUCAACGAAAAUUAGGUUAAUCACGUUUCGCGCCUCACCUCCAUUUGACUUUCAUUUUUAUUUUUGUUGUGGAUGUUUCAUGGUUGAUCCUCUAUCCUAUAAAAGAUCGACAACAAUUUUAUAGAAUUACGUGGCGGGAAAUCAUGCUAUCUGCCGACUUAGGAACUGUAACCUUGGGAUAUUUUGGUCAUUUAUGCACUCAGUAAUUCUUCAAUUUAAAAACACUUUCAAAUACGUUCUAGGCAUUUGGUUUACCUGGCACUUACGUUCCCAGUAGCAUUUUUUCCUCCUAUUUUCAUCUUUCCAUUUCUACUCAUCGUAAUUUUACACUCUUUGUGUAAGUAUUCUUAGUUUUGAGGAGGACUAAUAAACGGCGAGCUGCGCAGUAUGAAUGCAUUUCCCAGUUAGCGUAAAAAUCACAGGCUUUUUUCGAAUCAAAACUUACUGUAUUUAUAUCGUUACGAGUAGAUCAGUCGGAAUUUAUUACAAAGAUUCACACAGGUACGUUUUUUACGCCAGUCCCUCCCAGAAUAAUUAGCUAACGAUCCCUAUUUCUCAAAAGCCGCAAGAAAAAGACGGAUGCUUCCUACGUAAUUAUGUUCUGAGCGAGACUUCUUUGGUGCAAAAUUAAUUCUUAUGCAAAGUUGUACGCCUCGCUAUUCGAAGCAGAUUCAAGUUCGGUGAUAGGUUUUUCGGCAUUUCAAUCUAAAUUCAAUACUUUUUUACUUGACAGCAAAUUGGAGGACUGUAGAGGGCAUUUUAUGGUUUUUCGUGCUUUUUGCAGUCGUGUUUAUUUCAGGAUUAGACAGUGACUUAUCUGUACGUAUGGUUUUUUUUCUUGGAAUACUUGUAGAUGCCCUCUCAUAACCGAGCUUGGAAUACGUCACAUAUCUACCCUGCCAAGACUCCAAGUUCUCACACUCCGAUGGUGCCUCGGUCUUCGAGAUGACGCCAUUUCAUGCUUGGUUCAGCUGAAAGAAUUACGAUACCUCAGCAUAGCUGGUAAGCAUUUGUUCAGCCCCUAG